CUCGCCGACCGGAGCAGACACACGUCCGCACGCGCGCCUCUGUCAGAACCGAAGCCAUGCUGUCCGCGUGCUUGGAGGUGCUGGGCAUGACGAUGAGCGUCACAGGCUCGCUGCUGGUGAUGAUCGCGUGCGGGCUGCCCAUGUGGAAGGUGACGGCCUUCAUCGACUCCAACAUCGUGGUGGCGCAGACCACGUGGGACGGCCUGUGGAUGGCGUGCGUGGUGCAGAGCACGGGCCAGAUGCAGUGCAAGAUCCACGACUCCAUGCUCUCGCUCCGCCACGACCUGCAGGCGGCGCGCGCGCUCACCGUCAUCUCGGCCGUGCUCGGGGUGGUGGGGCUCACGGUGACCGUGGCGGGGGCGCAGUGUACCACCUGCGUCAGGGACGAGCGCGUGAAGGAGAAGGUUGUGCACGCAGGGGGAGUGAUCUUCAUCGUCAGUGGGCUGUGCGCGCUCGUGCCGCUCUGCUGGAUGGCCAACAACAUCAUCGCCGACUUCUAUGACCUGCGCGUGCACGCGUCUCAGAAGCGGGAGAUCGGCGCGUCCAUCUACAUCGGCUGGGCGGCGUCCGCGCUGCUUCUGCUGGGGGGGUCGCUGCUCUGCUGCUCCUUCUCCCAGGACUCCCGCAGCUCCUACCCCAUCAAAUACGCCCCCACCACCACCUUCACGUCCGGGGGGGACCUGGACAAGAAGCAGUACGUCUGACGCUCUGGCGCCGAACGGAACCGAACCGACUGUCCCUUCAGAAGGAGUUUCCGGUUCCAGCCUCGGCGUAAAGUUCCUGAAAAUAAAAGUCGGACUUCUUCCUCCGCACCUGUGAGCGCGCGCGCGCCAGCGGAAUGAUGCGCGCGCGCUGCAAAAAAUGUACAGUUCUGUCCUGUCACUUUGUACAGAUUUGUAAAUAAACACAAAUGAACUAAAAGUUUCA